CACAGAGGUCCAGGUUUGCAGACGUCACUGGUCGAUGAUCUCUGUUUUCUCUCCACCUCUCGGAGGAGGAAUACAAGUUUAUCAUCCAGCCAGGGACGGGACGGUCUCCUCUGCGGCUCUCCAACCUCCAUCUGUUUGCUUGCACUCGACUAUUUCUCCUGUAUGGUGGAUAUCCUUCUCAACACUUCUUUCUUGGAUGAUAUGGGGGAUCAUUCAAAAAAGAAGUCGGGAAUCGCAAUGUGUGUGGGCUGUGGAAGUCAGAUACACGACCAGUACAUCCUGAGAGUCUCCCCGGACCUGGAGUGGCAUGCUGCCUGCCUCAAGUGCGCAGAGUGCAACCAGUACCUGGACGAGACCUGCACUUGCUUCGUCCGGGACGGAAAAACUUACUGUAAAAGAGAUUAUGCACGGUUGUUUGGCAUCAAAUGCGCAAAGUGUAACAUGGGCUUCUGCAGCAGCGACCUGGUGAUGAGAGCCCGGGACAAUGUGUAUCACAUGGAGUGUUUCCGGUGCUCGGUGUGCAGCCGACACCUCCUGCCGGGGGACGAGUUUUCCUUACGGGAAGACGAGCUCCUGUGUCGGGCGGAUCACGGCUUGCUGGCUGAGAGGGCCUCUGCAGGGAGCCCGCUCAGCCCAGGAAACAUCCACACCAGACCACUGCACAUUUCAGACCCGGUUACCGUCAGGCACCCUCCCCAUCACCGCAACCACGUCCACAAGCAGUCCGAGAAGACCACCCGAGUCCGGACGGUGCUCAACGAGAAGCAGCUCCACACCCUGCGGACCUGCUACAACGCCAACCCGAGACCGGACGCCCUGAUGAAGGAGCAGCUGGUGGAGAUGACCGGCCUGAGCCCCAGGGUGAUCCGAGUGUGGUUUCAGAACAAACGCUGCAAAGACAAGAAGAGGUCCAUCCUGAUGAAGCAGCUCCAGCAGCAGGGACACAGCGACAAAACCAAUCUGCAGGGCCUGACAGGCACACCUCUGGUGGCAGGCAGUCCUAUCCGGCACGACAACACCGUGCAAGGGAAUCCUGUGGAGGUGCAGACCUACCAGCCUCCGUGGAAAUCCCUCAGCGACUUCGCCCUGCAGACCGACCUGGACCAGCCUGCUUUCCAGCAACUGGUGUCCUUCUCUGAGUCGGGCUCUCUGGGGAACUCCUCGGGUAGUGAUGUGACCUCCCUGUCGUCGCAGUUACCGGACACACCGAACAGUAUGGUGCCGAGUCCCGUCGACACGUGAACAGGCAUCGGGGUCAGCUGGAGGCCCCGGGCGCAAAAUGCGCAAAGACCUCAGUGACAUUCAAUCAAGACAACAACAACAACAACAACAACAACGAAAAACAAACGAACAAGGGACCAGGAUGGAUUAUACUGGAUGAUACAUUCAGGUCCCGGAGGAUUGGACGUCUUGAUUAUCCCCUGUACAUCCUGGCAUUUUAUCUCAUUGUCCUGCUCACUGACACUUCGGCAGCACACACAGCUGUUUGACGGACACUGUGGGCUUUCAAGCUAUUGGACACCUUUCCUUCUACCAUGAUGCCAACAACACCUGUACUGGACAAGGUGGGAAUAUGAGGUGGGAUUCAAACACGUGAGCCUGUACUGGACGUUUGAACGCUUACAGUAUGUUUGUCAGGAAAAUACUAGAUGUGCAUGAUUUGUAAGUUUCACUAUCGACUCCUGUAAAUUAUUGAAACUAAUGAAAGAGAGGGGGAGAGAAAGGGGGAAAAAAAACGCUCUGUUCGCCUUGAAAAUAAGUUAUUAUUAUUUAUUAUUAUGAGGACAGACAUAGCUGAUCUUAUCAAUAAAACGAUUGAUUAUUGCAUGCUAAAUCCAUUUGUUCCAUAAACCUAGGGAAGAAUUUUAAUUAUAGUCGGCAAAAUAAAUCCUCGGGAAUGGAAAACACAUCUGCUGCUUAUAAUGUUUGACACUGUUUCAAGUUGGGAGCUGGAGGAGGAAAGGUUUAGAUACAUCACACUUUUUUUCUUUUUCUUUUUUUUAUAAGAAACAAUUCUGCAAAAAACUCAAAUAAAUACCUAAAUAUACA